UGACCGGUGAGCUUCAAAUUUAAGGUAAGGCAGCAUUGAGGUGUGUUUGGUGGGUGCAUUUUUCUCUUAUAUUUGCCGACCCAGAGAAAACGUUUUCUUAAGUAGUUCGAACAUCGGCAUCGCAUCGUUUCUUUAAUUCAUAACAUACGAUCACCUGCUACGAUGAGGAUAUUUACCACACUGGUCGCCUUCGCGGUGGUGACAUUCUCAAAUGUAGUUUUAGGUCAAUUAAGGUCGCCUUCCAACAGACCAGGACGGUUUUUAGCACUGCCCAAUCCACAAAAAUGUGCAAAUAGACCUAAGCAAUUCUUCUUUAGAGGUCACAAUUACUUUUAUAGUGGACAUGUUCCUGCGUUAGCGAAUAGAAGAGUGGAUUGGUUAGAUGGAAGGAAUAUUUGCAGAGAAUAUUGUAUGGAUUUGGUCUCUUUAGAAACUCAAGAGGAGAAUAAUAUGAUUUUCAGAUUGAUACAGCAAAACGAUGUUCCCUAUAUUUGGACAUCAGGUCGUCUAUGCGACUUCAAAGGAUGCGAAAAUCGUCCAGAUUUGGAACCCAAGAACAUAUUGGGUUGGUUCUGGUCUGCAAAUCGUGAAAAAAUGGCCCCCACGAACCAGGUCCCUAACGGAUUUAGUUACAACCCUUGGUCUCGUACAGGACACAAGAAACAGCCCCAACCUGACAAUGCAGAAUUCGAAAUCAACGGAACGACAGAAUCAUGUCUGUCUGUCCUGAAUAACGUCUAUAAUGACGGUAUUGCGUGGCAUGAUGUUGCCUGUUACCACGAAAAGCCUGUCGUUUGUGAAGAUUCCGAAGAAUUGUUGAAUUACGUUGCUGCCACCAAUCCAGGAAUUCGUCUUUAAAGUUUUACUUUAAUUCGUUUUCCAUUUUAGCAGUAAUUGUCUUUUGUAAAUUUCUAUAUAGGUACAUACAUACGUAUUUAUUUUUUAGUAAAGGAAAAGGAGAAUGUAUAAAGAAAGUACCUUUUUGUGUAUCAUAAUGCAUCUGCUUAUGCAGAUAGUUAUAAAAAAGAACUUUAACAAAUUUUUCCUCAGUAAUUUAUGAAAAUGGUUAUUUUUUUAUUACCUAUAAGUAGUCGAUUUUAAUAAAAUAAAUGCACCCCGAUUUCUUAUGAAAAUCAA